GAGGCAUCUAGAGUUCUGUAUUCAGGUGCACAUGAAGAAUACGAACAUUUCAUGGAAAAGUAGGUAUUUUGUUCACCUGCUUGUGUUUCGACUGGACCCAGAAACACCACAGUCAAACCUUUAGCAGCAGUUUGGAUGGUGUCUGGUGUCUGAGGCCUCAGUUCAGCUCGGGCACAGACACCACAUCUGCUCUCUGGACUCUUUCUGAGACAGAGUUGACAGUUGUUUUGUUUAAAGAGUUCAAAAGUCCCCCUAUGAAAGGCAAAGAAAGAAAUCAAUAUUAAAGUUCUGCCCUCAACUGGACUUGAAUUCCCCACAUCCGAGUCACCGUCCCACAGCUCUACCUACUGAUCCAUCACGUUGUUGUUCUAAAUCAUUGACAGUUUUAUCUGUAAAAUGAAAACUUUUUGAGAAUCCCAAGACUUCCAUGAACAACCAGAUAUCUUUUUUAUUGGUGAGAGUUAAGAAAUGUGGCCGUGGCAGUGGUUUAGGACUUAUUGUUCAUUUUGCUCUUUCCAGGAAUUUCGGUCAAAAUUAACAUGACACCCAAUGGAAGUCUGUGCCGGAAAUAAUUCCUAAAUUUUUCGUGGCAGACGGAAGCACGGGUCCAAGAGAUUUGAGAGUGGGGUUUUUGUGUUUGCUCAUAAAUAAUCUCAUAACAAAUAAUUUCUUAUUUAUUCAUCACACCGAGCCGGCUGACUACGAGGUGCGGACCGUCCUCCACUGCAGCGUCUUGGGCUUCAACCCUCAGAAAGUAACAAAAACAAGAAAACACAGCUCACUCACUGCCAAACAAUCACAGACACACUAACAAUAAAACAACUAACAACUACAAAAUCAUACAAAAACACAGUUUAGAAUAUAACUAUAGCAAUUUGCGAAAAUACGACAAAAUAUCACACGCGCACCACCACUCCACCAACAAACUCCCAGCAUGCACCUGGAGAGAGAGAGAGAGAGAAAACGUUGAUCCAGUAGGUGGCGCUAUCACUAACACUACAUACACACUAAUAGGUUUCUUCAGGUCAGGGCUCUGUUCAUGUGAUAGAAUUUUGGGGUCAACUGCUCAGACUUCAUUUUCACACUUUAGGUGGCGCUAUAACCAAGAGUCAAUAUUGAAGUUGAGUGCAAUUGGACAUGUGAGAAAAAAUUAAUAUUUUUUGGCUUCAGUUGGUUUUGAACUCACUGAUCCAAUCUCAUUGUUGUUCUAAAUCAUUGACAGUUGUUAACUUAAAGAGUUCAAAAGUCCCCCACUGAAAGGCAAAGAAAAAAAAUCAAUAUUAAAGUUCUGCCCUCAACUGCACUUGAAUUCCCCACAUCCGAGUCACUGUCCCACAGCUCUACCUACUGAUCCAUCACGUUGUUGUUCUAAAUCAUUGACAGUUUUAUCUGUAAAAUGAAAACUUUUUGAGAAUCCCAAGACUUCCAUGAACAACCAGAUAUCUUUUUUAUUGGUGAGAGUUAAGAAAUGUGGCCGUGGCGGUGGUUUAGGACUUAUUGUUCAUUUUGCUCUUUCCAGGAAUUUCGUUCAAAAUUAACAUGACACCCAAUGGAAGUCUGUGCCGGAAAUAAUUCCUAAAUUUUUCGUGGCAGACAGAAGCACGGGUCCAAGAGAUUUGAGAGUGGGGUUUUUGUGUUUGCUCAUAAAUAAUCUCAUAACAAAUAAUUUCUUAUUUAUUCAUCACACCGAGCCGGCUGACUACAAGGUGCGGACCGUCCUCCACUGCAGCGUCUUGGGCUUCUACCCUCAGAAAGUGGCCAUCCAGCCGAGAAAAUACGGCUCACUCACCGCCAAACAAUCACAGACACACUUACAAUUCUACAAACUUACAACUACACAAUUAUACAAAAACACAGUUUAUAUAACUCUAGCAAUUUGCGAAAAUACGACACACUCUCACCACCACUCCCCCAACAAACUCCCAGCAUGCACCUGGAGAGAGAGAGAGAGAGAGAGAAUGUUGAUCCAGUAGCUGGCGCUAUCACUAAUACUGUAUUCACACUAAUAGGUCUCUUCAGGUCCGGGCUCUGAUCUUGUAACCGAAUUUUGGGGUCGAUUGCUCACACUUAAUUUUCACACUUAAUUUUCACACUAUAGGUGGCGCUAUUACAAUGAGUCAAUAUUAAAGUUGAUUGCAAUUGGAAAUGUAGGAAAAAAAUAAUAUUUUUUGGCUUCAGUUGCUUUUGAACUCACUGAUCCAAUCACAUUGCUGUUCUAAACCAUUGACAGUUGUUAACUUAAAGAGUUCAAAAGUCCCCCUCUGAAAGGCAAAGAAAAAAAUCAAUGUUAAACAGGUAAGUUUCUUCCUCUUCUUGUAUUCAGUCUAUUUCAGAUUAUUUUAUUCAAAUCAUAUAACUAAUAAUUUCUCAUACGUUUUUAUUUACUUUACUUUAUUACUUUAUUUGUGCAUUUUGACAAGUCAACAUCACCGAUGUGGUUUUCUUGGUGAAAAACGUAUUCAACAUGAAGCUCAACACCUUGUACGACUCUGGGGUCAGGAAGUACGAGGACUUUGAAGAAUUUGGCAUGAAAAACGCAAAACAUUACAACACUCAGGAUUGGAAAAUGGCCUUGAGAAGAAUUCAAGUGGAAAUUCUCUGCAGAUACAAAACGAGGCUGUUCAGACGGAGCACGCUGGACAGAACAGGGCCGCCGGUUGUCAGGGUCCAUCACACCGAGCCGGCUGACUACUUGGGGGCGGACCAUCCUCCACUGCAGCGUCUUGGGCUUCUACCCUCAGAAAGUGAAGAUUCACUUUUAAAAUAUCUGGCACCACCUGCUGCAUCAAUUGACGAGGAACAGCCAAGCACCUCAGUUGUGCCAGCAUCCUCAGAACCACUGCAAGGAACUUCAGACACGCGUGUUGUAUCUCUUUCUGAUUGAACCACUGAUUCCACACAUACACUCUUCUUAGAUGCAGCAAGCAAACAGACGCUCCACUAUCAACCGAUCCUGCUGACUGGCCUGCACAUCUCACAAACACAAUAAGGACAGAGUUUGUUCGGAGAGGACCAAAUCAGAUUCACUUUUAAAAUAUCUGGCACCACCUGCUGCAUCAAUUGACGAGGAACAGCCAAGCACCUCAGCUGUGCCAGCAUCCUCAGAUGCAGCAAGCAAACAGACGCUCCACUAUCAACCGAUCCGGCUGACUGGCCUGCACAUCUCACAAACACAAUAAGGACAGAGUUUGUUCGGAGAGGACCAAAUCAGAUUCACUUUUAAAAUAUCUGGCACCACCUGCUGCAUCAAUUGACGAGGAACAGCCAAGCACCUCAGCUGUGCCAGCAUCCUCAGAUGCAGCAAGCAAACAGACGCUCCACUAUCAACCGAUCCGGCUGACUGGCCUGCACAUCUCACAAACACAAUAAGGACAGAAUUUGUUCGGAGAGGACCAAAUCAGAUCCACUUUUAAAAUAUCUGGCACCACCUGCUGCAUCAAUUGACGAGGAACAGCCAAGCACCUCAGCUGUGCCAGCAUCCUCAGAUGCAGCAAGCAAACAGACGCUCCACUAUCAACCGAUCCGGCUGACUGGCCUGCACAUCUCACAAACACAAUAAGGACAGAAUUUGUUCGGAGAGGACCAAAUCAGAUUCACUUUUAAAAUAUCUGGCACCACCUGCUGCAUCAAUUGACGAGGAACAGCCAAGCACCUCAGCUGUGCCAGCAUCCUCAGAUGCAGCAAGCAAACAGACGCUCCACUAUCAACCGAUCCGGCUGACUGGCCUGCACAUCUCACAAACACAAUAAGGACAGAAUUUGUUCGGAGAGGACCAAAUCAGGUACACCUGAUUUCAUUUUUCCAUGGAGAGAUGAUGGGAGAAGUUGCCACCACCAGUACUUCAGCAGGACCUUAAUAAAUGGAGAAAGGAUAAAAAAAAAAAUUGGUUGACAUAUUCAAAAAGAAAACAGUCUUUUUUGUUUUUGUUUUCAACUUUUCUCCCCAAAACAAUUUUUUUUAACAAAUGGAGAACUGUCUGAUUGGAAAAAUGCAAGUGCUGCUCUAAACAGCCACGAAAACAGUCCGGAACGCCUGAACAAUUUGGCGUCAUGGAAAGAAUUGGCAGUUCGAAUAAAACAAGGUACAACCAUGGACAAACAAGAGCAGGCCCUCUUAGAGGCAGAGCAGAGUCGGAGGAGAGCAGUGCUGACAGGACUGGUUGCUAUUGUACAGUCGCUGGCUGUGAAAAUAUGGCAUUUAGAGGAAACACAGAAAUACUCCACUCUCCUUCAAAUGGAAACAUUUUGAAAGAAGUUGAGCUUAUGGCACAGUUUGACCCAGUGAUGAAAGACCACAUCCACAAGAUUAAAUGUGAACCAUCACACCACAGAUUGCACCCCGGAUGUUAGCCACAUUGAACAGCUGUCAGUAGUGAUAUGAAUUUUGACAUUGGAAGAAGAGCCCCAGGUUAAAGAGCACUUCAUGGAAUUCCUAGUAGCAGAGGAGUCCACUGGUGAAAGUUUGUCUGCCCUGAUUUUGAAGAGGGUGGAGGAGUUGGAGAUUGCCUUUGAUGACUGCAGAGGACAGUCGUAUGACAACGGGGCAAAUAUGAGAGGAAAGAACAAGUGAGUACAGGCCAGGCUACUGCAACUGAACCCAAGAGGUUUGUUUGUGCCGUGUGGGGCACAUAUACUCAAUUUGGUCAAUUCUGAUGCUGCCAAACGCUCCAAAGAUGCCAUAUUAUUUGUUAGUAUUGUGCAGAAGCUAUACUGCUUGUUUUCUGCCUCUACACAGAGAUGGGCCAUCCUCAAGAAAAAUGUCAACCUUUCGCUCAAAAUGUGGUCAGAAACCAGAUGGGAGAGCAGAGUGAAAGCUGUGGGACCUCUGCGAUAUGAAGCCACUGCUGUAAGAGAGGCACUGCUUGAGGUUAGAAUCCAGGCCAAAGACCCAAUCAUCAGGAUUGAAGCCCAGUCUCUGGCAGAAGAAGUGGGGUCAUUCUGCUUUUCACUGUGCACAGUGGUCUGGUAUGAUGUGUUGAUUCAAAUUCAGCAGGUGAGCAAUGCUGUCCCAAACAAUGCAAGUGGAUGUAGCAGUAAGUACUGAAAAAGACUGAAAAAGCUCUUGAGUCCUACAGAGCCACAGGCUUUGUGGCUUCACAAACAUCAGCCAAGGCCAUAUGUGAAGACAUGAAUGUGGACGCUGUCCUUGUGUAAAGAGGCUAAAGUCCACAAAGAGACACUUCUCAGUGAACUUGACUAAAUACACUAGGGCCAGCCCUGUUUGUAAACACGGCGUAAUACGAGUUGUCUGUUCCGCGAUCAACACGUAAACUAUAAAGAGCGCUUUGAGGCCGAACCCCCUCCAGAACUCGUUAGCUGGCUUUUCCCGGUGAAACCUUCCACUCACUGCUGUCGACAUGGAGAGUCUGCUCCGUGCCUUGGCCGUGCUGGCCGUGUUGUUCGUGGGGUUGUUCCAGCACGGAGCUGUUGUGGACGGCCGGCCGUCCACAUCUGUGCUGACUGUGCCAAACGGAGCGCCGUGGGGAACAUGGAGGGGGCCCGAGAUGUGUCCUUACCAUUUCUUAGCUGUUGGCUUCAGUACCAGGGUGGAGGCCAAACAGGGCAGUGGCGACGACUCGGCCAUGAACGGCAUCCGCCUCAUCUGCGGCAAAGACGAGCAACGGAGCCCCAUCACCACUGUGGAGUCUCACACUGGCUACUGGGGCGACUGGUCCAACGCUCAGUACUGCCCCAGUGGCGUGCUCACCGCUUUCCAGCUCCGCGUGGAGGGCCGUCAGGGUGGCGGUGACGACUCCGCCGUCAACAACAUCAAGUUCCGCUGCAGCAGCGGGCACGUGCUGGAGGGCACCGGCCUGGACUGGGGGGAGUACGGCGAAUGGAGCCAGGAUUGUGUCAACGGAGGAAUCUGUGGCAUCAUGACCAAGAUAGAGGAAGAACAGGGGGAAGGGGACGACUCCGCCCUCAACGACGUACUCUUCCGUUGCUGUGCCAGAGCCUAGCAGCAAUUUAUAGGUUAGCAGCAUGGUCCACUCACCUGUGAUUGACUGGUGAGCAGCUUGGUCCGCCCCUCCUCCGUCACCCUGAAUUAAACAAUGAUUAAUAAUAAAGUGCUCAUUUGAAUCGC